GCCCGGGCGGACGGACGGACGUACGGACUGGCUGGCUGACGGGCUGGCGGGCGGCACAGCCGGGGGGCGGUGGCGGCGGUGGCGGGCAUCGCGCACGGGGUGACUCCCAGUGACCCAGUUGAACUUCCCAAGAGCCAAAGGGUGAAGAGAGGAGAGAGCCCAGAGGGGUUAAGGAGAGCCCCGACUCAGGAGAACCUCUGAACCUCUUUCAUCUGCCAUUAUCUGCCAAAACAUAGUCAAGUGGAACCAGCUUCUUUAUCCGCCUUUUACAAAGUGGAGAGUAUGGCUUCCGGGAUUUCAGAUUUCCUCUUUGUUUUAUAUGAACUCUACAGAAACGGUGGCCCUUGACGGGCUUUGGAAUAAAAGAAAGAGACCUAGGAUAGACAGGCUCUCCCUCGUUCCCUUCCCCCCACCCCCUUCAAAGGGAAGGAUUUACAGCUCAACCUUGCAGCAGCUGUUGCUCAGCUUUAGCCGCCAAGAGAGAAAUAAAUAAAAUUAAACCACCAUUGCCAGGCAGCCGGUCCUGGUGAAAUUGAGGUGUGGGGGAUGUGGCACCAAGGAGACUACUUGAAAGGGGCAGAGAUUGCCAUGGAAACAGACUCUCUUUGAAGCUGGAAGGGGGACCCACCUAAAGUUUCUCAUUUGGAUUAAAGUUGAGCAAGACAUAGUUUGAAUCAGCCCAGUACGCACUUUUGGAAGUGUGGCAGACUUGGUAUCAAUUGAAGGGGCAUUUGUGCUUCGUAAAGGAGUCCUGUCAGCAGCUCUUCUCCCUUGCCCUGGGUGCCAUUCUUCCCUGUUCUUUCCCUUCAAAGACUUGUCUCCACCCAUGAGCUCCGCUCUGAUCUGUCUGCCUGCCCAUGUUCUCAGCCUGCAGCCAUUUGCAUGUAUACAGUCCACAGCUCCUUUUUGCCUUUUAAACUGUUUAAGUUGAGCUGCUUAAUCCCCCCUCCUGUCUCAUCCUGGGGAGGGGGUUAUUUACCUGUUGGUUUCUCCUUUCCCCCUCCCAUGGUUUUUGUUUCAUUUGAAAUCCUCUGACCUUUGCUUUUAUUUGGGAGGGGGAAGGGCAGUAGUUUUAAACUUCAGCCCCAGGUUUCCUUCUGUGCUCUCCUUCCUCCCUGUCCGCAUUGACCCCACAUCCCAUUUUCUUACCCGUUCUGCCACUGUGUGGGCCUGGGCUAUGCGGCAAGGCAGAUCUCCCACCAGAGCUCCAACAUGCCCGCAGAGUCCGGAAAGAGAUUCAAACCCAGCAAGUAUGUGCCCGUCUCGGCAGCCGCCAUCUUCCUAGUGGGAGCCACAACACUCUUCUUUGCCUUUACGUGCCCAGGUUUGAGCCUGUAUGUGUCACCUGCAGUGCCCAUCUAUAAUGCUGUCAUCUUCCUCUUUGUGCUGGCCAACUUCAGCAUGGCCACCUUCAUGGACCCAGGCAUUUUUCCCCGAGCUGAAGAGGAUGAGGAUAAGGAGGAUGACUUCCGAGCGCCACUUUACAAAACUGUAGAGAUUAAAGGGAUCCAGGUGCGAAUGAAAUGGUGCGCCACCUGCCGCUUCUACCGCCCCCCUCGGUGCUCGCACUGCAGUGUCUGUGACAACUGUGUGGAGGAAUUUGACCACCACUGCCCCUGGGUGAACAACUGCAUUGGGAGACGGAACUACCGCUACUUCUUCCUCUUCCUCCUCUCCCUCACCGCCCACAUCAUGGGUGUGUUUGGCUUCGGCCUGCUCUACAUCCUCUACCAUAUGGAGGAGCUCUCAGGGGUCUGCACAGCUGUCACCAUGGCAGUGAUGUGUGUGGCUGGCUUGUUCUUCAUUCCUGUAGCUGGCCUCACCGGAUUUCAUGUAGUGUUGGUGGCCAGGGGUCGCACAACUAAUGAACAGGUUACGGGUAAAUUCCGGGGAGGCGUAAACCCUUUCACCAAUGGCUGUUGCAACAACGUCAGCCGUGUGCUCUGCAGCUCUUCAGCACCCAGGUACUUAGGGAGACCAAAGCGAGAGCAGACAAUCGUGAUUCGGCCUCCUUUCCUUCGACCAGAAAUAUCAGAUGGACAGAUUGCUGUGAAAAUUAUGGACAAUGGUAUCCAGGGGGAGCUCAAGAGAACCAAGUCCAAGGGAAGCCUAGAGGUAACAGAGAGCCAGUCUGCUGAUGCUGAGCCCCCGCCACCUCCUAAGCCAGACCUGAGUCGCUACACCGGCCUCCGGACUCACCUCAGCCUAGCCACCACUGAGGACAGUCUUUUGAGCAAGGACAACCCCCCCACACCCACCAUGUACAAGUACAGGCCUGGCUACAGCAGCAGCAGUACCUCUGCUGCCAUACCUCACUCUUCAAGCGCUAAGCUGAGUCGAGGAGACAGCCUGAAGGAGCCAGCCUCUAUUGCUGAGAGCAGCCGCCACCCCAGCUAUCGCUCAGAGCCCAGCCUGGAACCAGAAAGCUUCCGCUCUCCCACUUUCGGCAAGAGCUUUCACUUUGACCCACUGUCAAGUGGUUCACGCUCCUCCAGCCUCAAGUCAGCCCAAGGCACAGGCUUUGAAAUGGGUCAACUGCAGUCAAUUCGUUCUGAGGGGACAACUUCCACCUCCUACAAGAGUCUAGCCAACCAGACACGCAAUGGGAGCCUUUCUUAUGACAGCCUGCUCACCCCUUCUGACAGCCCUGAUUUUGAGUCGGUGCAAGCAGGGCCAGAGCCAGACCCCCCCUUGGGCUAUACCUCUCCCUUCCUGUCGGCCCGGCUGGCCCAGCAGCGGGAAGCUGAGAGGCACCCACGCUUGGUGCCAGCUGGCCCUCCACCACGCGAGCCCUCGCCUGUGCGGUACGACAAUCUGUCGCGCCACAUUGUGGCUUCCCUUCAGGAGCGGGAGAAGCUGCUGCGCCAGUCACCUCCUAUUCCUGGCCGAGAAGAGGAGCCUGGACUGGGAGACUCAGGCAUCCAGUCAACGCCAGGCUCUGGCCACGCCCCCCGUACCAGCUCCUCCUCGGACGAUUCAAAGCGCUCACCCUUGGGCAAGACCCCACUGGGCCGCCCAGCCGUCCCCCGUUUUGGCAAGCCAGAGGGGCUUCGGGGCCGGGGACUAGGGUCCCCUGAGCCAGCCCCAGCUGCCCCUUACUUGGGCCGAUCCAUGUCCUAUAGCAGCCAAAAAGCCCCGUCUGGUGUCCCUGAGACAGAGGAAGUUGCCUUGCAGCCAUUACUGGCCCCCAAAGAUGAGGUGCAACUGAAGACUGCCUACAGCAAAUCCAAUGGGCAGCCCAAGACCUUGGGGUCUGCCUCCCCUGGGCCGGGCCAGCCCCCCCUCAGCAGCCCCACCCGAGGAGGAGUCAAGAAGGUGUCAGGGGUGGGUGGCACCACCUAUGAGAUUUCGGUGUGAGCCCUUGGCGCCUCCGUGCCUACACCAAAGGGCCCUGAGUGGCUACCCUGCUCCCCCCCAGGGGCUCCCCUCACCUGCAUGGACACUUUUCAAACCACAGAUCCCAAGAGGAUGAGGAGGCAGGGGAUGUGGGGGAGAGUUGGCACCUGCUGCCUAGGGCAGUAACUCCUUCCCCCAGCCCUCCCCACCCCUGGGCCAGACUCAGUGGACAUGUGUGCAAUUGCUUGCCCUGGAGGGAACCGGAUCGUUUUUAAAUCAGAAAUAAUUUUUUUUA